AUGGAAAUCACUCAAUUAGAACGUGAAGCUCAACGUAAUUGUGACUGUACAACUGAUCACAAAUGUUCUGGUUUUUGUCAAAUCUGUCCGACGGAAGGUCGGCAUGAUCCAACAUCUUGUAUGUUCUCUGCUGGCCAUUCAGGUGAACAUAAAUGUGAUGCUGGUCAUGUUUGUCAACAGCUUUGUCAAAUCUGUCAACUUCGAGGUGAUCCUCCUAAUCCAUGUCAUUUUUCUUAUGAUCAUCGAGAUCCACCGCAUCAUCAGUGUGAACGUGUUCAUCAAUGUCCAAAGACAUGUGCCAUCUGCCCAGAACCAUGUUCGAUUUCAUUGGAUUUCCAAGGACAUGAUCAACAUCGAUGUUCAAGCACAGUGUGUUGGAAACCCUGUAUAUUCUCAUGUGGAAAAGCAUGUGUAACUAUAGAUCAUUCCCAUGAUUCGACAACAGAACAAGUUCAAUUUGUCAAAGAAGAACAAAUACUAUCGAUGAAGAAACAUCUCUGUGAUCAGAGCCAUUAUUGUCUUGGUAUUUGUGAUACUCCAGGUAUUUGUAAACAAGAAUAUAAAACUCAACAAUGCACGUGGCGAACUGAAUCGGGUGAAGAAUUUCUCUAUGAUCAUAUUGAAGUGAAUGCCAUUCGAGUCAAAUGUGGAAUUCUCAUUCCUGCAUUACAUUAUUCGCAUAAUCAGAGUAACGAAAACCAUUGCUGUAAUGGACAACAUACGUGUGAACAGCGAUGUCCAGAUUGUUAUGCCUUCUGUCGACAAUCAUAUGGGCAUGACAAUUUUCACCAUACAUUACAUCGAAACAAAGAUCAACAUGUAUUUACGAGUACUAAUCCGUCAGAGCAGAUCGAGAUCCAACCGAAUGAUUCGAAUGACAGUAUCAUCCGAAAAUAUAAGAUUGGUGAAUCAUCUCAACCUGAGAACUGUUCUGUAUCGUGCAAACGUCGUGGUCGAGGUCACUUUCAUCUUGUGGAAUGUCCUGGAGGAAAUCAAUGUUAUGAGAUCAAACUAGAAACAAAAGCUAAGCAUUCGAAUGAAGUGUAUUAUUAUGGACCAGAUCAGCCAAGCCCAAAGAAGUAUGAUCAGAUCUUAUGCUCGGCAUAUUGGUCUCUGAUGAAAUGGUCACCACCAGUGAAUGAUGCUGAUCGAAAGUUGAUUGACUCAUGCAACUUCUUCUGCAGUGAACAUGUUCAACGAGAUAAAGGCCAGAUUAUCAAAGAUUCAUCGAAGGGCUUUUGUACGUUGGGCGCAUGGCACCCUGGUCUACAUGCUUUUGAAUGUCAAAAUGAACAUCAAACUGAGGAAAGCUAUGAAGGAGUUGAUGUUUGUUUCGUCAUUGAUACUACAGGAUCGAUGGGUUCAUACAUUGAGCAAGUGAAAGCCACAAUCACUCGUGUUAUUAAAGAAAAUGAAGUGAAACUGAGAGAAAUGAGAGCAAGUGGUACCUUCCAAUUUGCCAUUGUUGAUUAUCGAGAUCACCCACCAGAAGGAGAUUAUAUCUUUCAUCAAUGUGACUUUACGAAUCAUCAAGCUGCAGUUGAAUAUAUGAAAACAUUAAGGGCUGAUUCGGGAGGAGAUGCACCUGAAGCUGUUUUGGAUGCUCUUGAUGCUGCGUGCGGUCUAAAAUGGCGUGACAAAGCUGACCAUCUUCUCUUUCAUGUUUUGGAUUCGCCACCUCACGGAAGAACUUACAGCUCUGGAGGUGAUCGUUGGCCUGGUGGAUGUCCGUGUGGAAAGACAGCAGAAGGCAUCUUGAGCAAGAUGAAGAAGAAGAAGAUUGGUUACAAUCUUUUACUUUGCUCUUCAUCUUUAAACAUGAUGAUUAACGAAUUCCAGAGACACAUCGAAGUGAGAACAUUGAAAUUCGGUGAAGCAAUCACUUUUGAAAAGAUCAUUACUCAACGAGUUCAUCAACAAUUGGUUGAUACAGAAAUUACUUUCAAAAAAUUUAUUCCUUAA